UGGCAGGAGACCUGGCGGAAGACCCUGAGUUCACGAUACAGGACGUCAUCGAUUGCGGACCCUGAAGUGCCUGAAGUGACGGGAAGCAUUGACAGCUGUAUAAAGAGGUCGUGAAUCCCCUCCCCCCCCUCUCUCUCUCUCUCCAUCCACACAACCACACAACUAUAUCCUCUAUCUGCACCCAACUACCACACACAAACAACACAAAACUCACAAACAAACAACACAAUCACCAUGUCCGACACUUUCCGCAAGUCCUUCUCCGACCGCGCCGAGGAGAAGAUCACGCCCGACUCUUCCAAGUCGACCAUGGACAAGGCCAAGGAGAACGUUACUACCACUGCUGACAAAGUCGCCGGUGAACUCCAGACCGAUUCCUCCAAGAGCACCUCCCAGGCGGGCUUCGAUAAGGGCCGCCGCGAGAAGGAGACCGUUGUUGACAAGCUCAAGGACGCUGUCGGUCUCGGUGACAAGCACACCACCACUUCGACUACCAAUACCAACACUAGCAUCUAGACACGAUGCGGUGGAUGAUUGAUGAUCGAUUGAUUGAUGGAGAUACCUGGAGUCUUGUUUUCUUUCUUUUACAUUUUUCGUGCCUGCGGCG